UCGUUGUGAGAAGAAUUCCCUGAUCACGGAUAAUACCAGUGUUUUAUUCUUCUGAAAAUAUGAGACGGAAUUUGAGUUCGAAACUGCGAUGGCAAGUACUGCUCUUUUUGGUUAUGUAUUUCAGUCAUGUUGUGAGUGGACAGAUUCGGUAUUCUAUCCCAGAAGAACUGAAGAAAGGGUCGUUUGUUGGAAAUAUCGGGCAAGAUUUGGGUUUAGAUGCGGAAAGGCUGCGGUCAGGUCGAGCUCGUAUCGUGAGCGGAGACAGCAUCCAGUACGCAGAGCUACGGACAGACAAAGGGAUUUUGGUUGUCAGCGAGAGAAUAGACCGAGAGCAGCUUUGUGGGGAGAUUUCUCCCUGUAGCUUCAGUUUCGAAAUCAUUCUUGAAAAUCCCGUGGAAUUGCACCGUGUUACCGUUGAAAUUCUUGAUAUAAACGAUAAUGCUCCGACCUUUCCGAGAAAUGAAAUUACAUUAGAAAUGAGCGAAGCAGCUGCGCCGGGUGCGCGCUUUGUGUUAGGGAGCGCGGAUGACCCUGAUGUGGGACUAAACGCGCUUCAGAACUAUGUUUUAACACCAACUGAUAAUUUCAUUCUGAAGCAGCACGCCAAUCCGGACGGAGUUAAAUAUGCAGAAAUGGUCCUUCAAAAACCCUUAGAUAGGGAGGAGCAGCCCCGCCUUUCCCUAAAGUUAAUCGCUGUGGAUGGCGGCGACCCGCAGAAAUCUGGUACAGUGAAUAUAGAAGUUACGGUUCUAGACGCUAAUGACAAUGCGCCCGUGUUUAACCAAUCAGUUUACAGGGCGACUGUAUUAGAAAACGCAUCAAAAGGCACGUAUAUCACAACCGUUAAUGCGACUGAUGCGGAUAGCGAGUCAAAUGGGUUAAUAACCUACUCGUUCUCAAACCUAAAAGGGAAUUUGGCAGACGUAUUCACUUUAGAUCAAAACACCGGUACUAUAUUAGUUGCGGGACAAAUAGAUUACGAAAGGGUUAAAAAAUAUGAAUUUAGAAUCGAAGCGAAAGAUCAAGGCGGUCUGGCAGACUCCAGUAAGGUUAUAGUUGAAGUUAUUGAUGUUAAUGACAACGUGCCGGUGAUAAACGUCAUGUCAUUUUCGAGCCCGGUUUCUGAAAACGCCCCGCGGGGCACCACGAUUGCCGUUGUGAAUGUUAAAGAUUCAGAUUCUGAGGGGAAUGGCCAGGUUACAUGCUCCGUUAAUGCUAAUAUCCCCUUUAGGAUAAAAUCUUCACUAACAAAUUAUUACACCUUGGUGAGUGACGCUGCAUUUGAUCGAGAAGCAGUGUCAGAAUAUAAUAUUACAAUAACUGCGACCGACUCUGGUUCGCCUCCCCUAUCCAGCACCAAAACGUUGCACCUUCAGGUGUCUGACAUAAAUGAUAAUGCUCCCGUGUUUGAGCAAGGCGCAUAUUCUGUGUAUGCCACGGAAAAUAAUUCUCCUGGGUUAUCUAUAUUUUCAGUGACAGCUAAAGACUCUGAUUCGAAUCAGAAUGCUCGAAUAUCAUAUCUUCUGGAAGAAACGCAGGUGGAUGGAACUUUCGCGUCCUCUUAUUUCUCCAUUAACUCUGAAACGGGAGUCAUUUAUGCAGUAAGGUCGUUUGAUUACGAACAAAUCAAACAAUUUUGUUUUGUUGUUAAAGCACAAGAUGGAGGAUCACCGCCAUUGAGCAGCAAUGUGACCGUUGCUGUUGUGAUUCAGGACCAGAAUGACAACGCGCCUCAGAUUCUCUACCCAGUACAAACCGGUGUCUCUCAGGUGGCUGAAAUGGUGCCUCGCUCAGCAGAUGUCGGCUAUCUGGUCACUAAAGUGGUGGCUGUUGAUGUGGACUCUGGACAGAAUGCCUGGCUCUCAUAUAAACUGCUGAAAGCGACAGACAGGGCGCUGUUUGAAGUGGGCUCACAGAACGGAGAAAUAAGAACUAUACGGGAGGUGACUGAUAAAGAUGCUGUGAAACAAAGACUUACUGUUGUAGUGGAGGACAACGGGCAGCCCUCUCGCUCAGCUACAGUCAAUGUUAACGUGGCGGUGGCGGACAGCUUCCCGGAAGUGCUCUCGGAAUUCAGCGACUUUGCUCACGACAAGGAUUACAACGACAACCUGACUUUUUAUUUAGUCUUGGCCCUGGCUGUAGUUUCCUUCCUCUUCAUUUCAUCUCUAGUAGUUAUAAUAUCAGUAAAAAUCUACAGGUGGAGGCAAUCCCGCAUCUUCUAUCUCCAAUCUCCCAGUUAUUCCGUAUUACCCGCCCCGUUACGCAGACUCUACAGGUACGGGAACUCUACAGCACGUGUAUAAUUACGAGGUGUGCAGGACCACUGACUCCAGGAAGAGUGAUAUGAAGUAUCUCAGACCCAUCAGUCAAAGCCUCGUGAGUGUUGAC